CUUAAAUGUGAUUCAAUUAUUGCCCUCCGAGCACCAUUAUUAGACUUACACGGCUGGUAGUUUUUAGAUACAACCCGCAAUUAUUGUAGGAUCGUUAUUAUUCGCAUAUCGUCCGUAUGUUUUAGCGUGCUUGCUGACAGUUUAUAGCAAGGGGAUGCAUUUAUUGCGGAUUUAUGAAUGGCACUGAUAUGGAGGAAAUACCGUUUCAGAAAGUCAAAACCAGACGGAAGAAAUGCCGUUGUUCCCCAAUUUCCCGUUUGGAUACAAUCGCAUGCGAAGACGAGUUCGACUGCAAAGAGCUGGAGUCCCUGUUUCAAAAUUACAACCUGAAAUUGGAACAGACUUCGACCUUGAAAGCACUCGUAAUUUUGAUCAUCACGACAGCGAGUUUGGCGAUGGUAGAAUUGAUGUUUGCGCCUAGCUUGACCAUAUCCAAAGGCUCGAAUCCAGCGCACUGUCUAAUAUUCAUUUCCCUCUUUGUAGUCACCAAUGUCAAGUAUCUGCAGGUUACCCAACUCAAGCAGAUCGUUAAACUCACCUUACUCUUUAGUUUUACUUUCGCUUUUCUCUGCUGUCCUUUCUCUUUGGGAGCCUACGGCUUGGAAUCCCCUACUUCUUCAGAACACGGAAUGUGGCAACUUAUGUUGGUGAUAUUUGUUUGUUAUGCCCUACUCCCCGUUAGGACGUUAUUGGCCAUUGUAUUUGGUUCUAUGGUCUCCGUUUCACAUAUCAUCGUUACGGCCACUUCUAUAACCCUUGGAAGGCAGAUGCUUUGGAAAACGCUGCUGGCAAAUGCAAUCCUUUUUGUUAGUGUAAAUUUGUCUGGGGUUUUUGUGCGGAUUUUAACUGAAAGAGCGCAAAGAAAGGCCUUCCUUCAGGCUAGAAAUUGCAUAGAGGAAAGACUCAGGUUGGAAGAUGAAAACGAAAAACAGGAGCGGCUUCUAAUGAGCCUUUUACCACGAAAUGUUGCUAUGGAGAUGAAAGAAGAUUUCUUAAAACCACCAGAAAGAAUUUUUCAUAAGAUUUACAUACAGAGGCAUGACAAUGUGAGCAUUUUAUUUGCUGAUAUUGUUGGAUUUACAAGUCUGGCAUCCCAGUGUACUGCACAAGAGCUUGUUAAGCUGCUCAAUGAAUUGUUUGGAAAAUUUGAUGAACUGGCCACAGAAAAUCACUGCAGGAGAAUAAAGAUUCUUGGAGACUGUUAUUAUUGCGUAUCAGGAUUAACCCAACCCAAAACAGAUCACGCACAUUGCUGUGUUGAGAUGGGACUUGAUAUGAUUGACACCAUAACGUCUGUGGCAGAAGCAACUGAAGUUGAUCUUAAUAUGAGAGUUGGGUUGCACACUGGCCGUGUUCUUUGUGGUGUUCUGGGACUUCGAAAAUGGCAGUAUGAUGUCUGGUCUAAUGACGUCACGUUAGCAAAUGUAAUGGAAGCUGGUGGAUUGCCAGGGAAAGUUCACAUAACAAAGUCCACCUUACACUGCCUAAAUGGGGAUUAUGAAGUUGAACCAGGCUAUGGCCAUGAAAGAAAUAGUUUCUUGAAAAAACAUAACAUUGAAACAUUUUUUAUUGUGCCAUCCCAUCGAAGGAAGAUAUUACCAGGAUUGAUCUUGUCUGACAUAAAGCCAGCCAAAAGGAUGAAAUUUAAGACUGUCUGUUAUCUAUUAGUUCAACUCAUGCAUUGCCGUAAGAUGUUCAAAGCUGAAAUCCCUUUCUCAAAUGUAAUGACCUGUGAGGACGAUGACAAGAGGAGAGCGCUACGAACAGCCUCUGAAAAACUCGGAAAUCGGUCAUCUUUUUCAGCUACUGUCACGCACAAUAAUCCUGGAACCAGAGUAAAUCGUUACAUUAGCCGUUUAAUUGAAGCUCGGCAAACUGAUUCAGAGAUGUCACAGUUGACUUUCAUAAGUUUAAAAUAUAAACAGAUCGAACGGGAUGAGAAAUAUCACAAUAUUCACGAUGAAUACUUCACCAAUGCAGUUGCCCUUUCCUUAAUUUUAGUGGCCUUAUGUGGACUUGUUUAUCUACUAAUUUUUCCACGAACCACUUUAGUUCUUGUUCUCCUAGUAUUCUGCAUAUGCUUCCUGGUUGCCUGUAUUAUGUAUCUACACGUCACAAGAGUACAGUGUUUUCCAGGGUGCCUAACAAUACAAAUUCGAACAUUUAUAUAUAUAUUCAUAGUCACUUUAAUUUACUCUGUGGCCCAAGGAUGUGUGCUUGGAUGCAUACCCUGGAUAUGGAGUACAAAUAAUAGGACUUCGAUUGUAAUAAUUUCUUCUAAAGGAAAGAAUAAAACUAUGGAUGAACAUCCAUGUGAUGAAACUCAUUAUGCUUUCUUAUCCUGCAUAGUGAGCACUUUAACACUGGCAAUCUUUUUACGGAUUUCUUCACUGACAAAGAAUAUCUUACUUCUUUUUGCUACAAUUUUAUACAUAUUCAUAUUGGAGCUCAGUGGAUAUAGGACAUCUAUGGGGUAUUGUAGGCUCAGUAUUCUUGGAUAUGAACCGAUCAUUUCCUUUUUGUUGUUUUCUUGUGCUUUGGCACUACACUCCAGGCAGGUGGAUCUAAAGUUACGGUUAGACUUCCUCUGGGCUACUCAGGCUGAAGAAGAAAGAGAUGACAUGGAGCGAGUAAAACUGGACAAUAAGAGAAUUCUCUUUAACCUUCUGCCUGCACAUGUUGCACAGCACUUUCUCAUGUCUAACCCAAGGAAUAUGGAUCUCUAUUAUCAGUCCUAUUCGCAAGUUGGUGUUAUGUUUGCUUCCAUUCCAAAUUUUAAUGAUUUUUACAUCGAACUUGAUGGCAAUAACAUGGGAGUGGAAUGUUUACGGCUUUUAAAUGAAAUAAUUGCUGACUUUGAUGAGCUAAUGGAAAAAGAGUACUACAGAGACAUUGAAAAAAUCAAGACAAUUGGGAGUACUUACAUGGGCGCUAUAGGACUUGUGCCAACAACAGGAACUAAGGUGAAAAAAACAAUUUAUUGCCAUUUAAGUACACUGGCGGAUUUUGCAAUAGAAAUGUUUGACGUUCUUGAUGAAAUCAACUAUCAGUCUUAUAAUGACUUUGUCCUGAGAGUAGGUAUAAAUGUUGGCCCUGUAGUGGCAGGAGUCAUUGGCGCCCGGCGACCACAAUAUGAUAUUUGGGGGAAUACAGUGAACGUUGCUAGCAGAAUGGACAGCACAGGCGUACAGGGUAAAAUUCAGGUAACUGAGGAUGUUCAUCGAAUACUGAAGAGGUGCAAUUAUGAAUUUGUUUGUCGUGGCAAAGUUAGUGUCAAAGGAAAAGGAGAAAUGUUAACAUAUUUUCUUGAAGGAAAAGUUGAUGGAAUAAACUCACAAACCCGAUCUUUAAAUUUGGAAAGAAAAAUGUAUCCAUAUGGAAGACUAAACAUUCAAACUAAAUUGGGAAGUAGUUGUCCAUCGGUAGCCAGCUUAACUUUCAAAACCCAUGAAAUCCCAACAAUGCAUAAUCUUGCAUCUGUGCCAGCAUGUAAAGCGGUAUAAUACACAAUAUAACAAAAUCUAUGUGUGCAUUGUUGUUUAUUGCCUGUUCUUUGGGAAUCCUUCAUAGUAUGAUUUAUGAGACACAAAAACAAAAUUCACUCAAAGAAACAUUUGGCAUUUGUAUUAGCAUUUUUAUUUCAUUGUAGACAAUGAGGGAAAAUAGAGCAUUGAGUCACCCCUGGGAGUUUCUGUGUGUCUUUCCCACCACAAAGCCUGACAUAUUGGAGCCAGAAGAGUUGUGCAGUGUCAUUGGCUCACUGGCCUAAAAUAGACAGUAACCUCUGAUAAUGUUACAUAGUU